AUGACUCCAAAACAAACAAGAGAAGAAAUACUAGAGAAAAAAACGACUGUGACUGAGCGACAAAGAUUAGAAAAAAAUAAAAGUGAUCCUGUAUUACGAGCAAAUCAACAAGAAAAAGAAAGACAAAAAUAUUUAACCAAAAAGAGUAAAGGAAUAAUUCUACCAAUAGACUUGCCAUCUGCUCAAUAUAGAAACCGAAAAAUGUUCUACGUGAUGGCUAAGCUUCAUUGGGACUAUAAAAGUUUACAGCGUGUAGUUUGGAAUUACUCGGAAAAAGGGCAUGGCAAAGGAGCUCCUGAUAGUGUGGGAGAAGUAUUAAAAAUAGCAGCUGAUCGGAUUGUUGCUGUAGGGAAUGAUUUUCCAUUGAUCUCCUUAUUAGUCACCUUCAAAUUCAAAUAUCCGAGGGUA